CAGACACAGCCCCGCACAUGUUUGGUUAAUGAAACCAGUUGGCGCUGGGUGCAUGAAACACGGACGGAAUUUCCUCGUUAGUUGAAAAAGUGCCUACAGAAAUGGAGACAUGAGGUCGGGCUUGGAACGAGCAGAGUCGCUGCGUAACUGAGACAGCACGCCCACAACGACGAGGAGACUGGUGCGCUUUGGCACCAAACUUCACGGACGAGCUGAGCAUCAAUUUAGGAAAAAAGAUCGGCACACUGUAAGGCUGCUUCCACGGACUGUUUUUAUGAUGUAAAAUUUGUAAUUAUUAAACUUGAGAUCUAGAUAACGCGUGGAAAGCGCUCUGUUGUGCUCACUUUGCUCUCCCCAACCGUGCCAAUGCUGGAAUGGCUUGUGGCUCUGUGCAUUGUGAUCCUGGUGGUCUUAAUCUGGCCAGGCUCCAAAUAUUUUGGCACCGAGGGCCAGUCGGAUGCUUUGCUGCAGGGACUGGGGAUUUCACACCAGGCGACGAAGGACAAGACCGGGCGGUGCGCUUCAGAGCGAGGAGGGAGCGACGGUGCCCAUACGGCCUAUGCGGGUGCAGAUGAGAAAGCACGCACCGUGGCACUGAUCUGCAAACCGUCCGCGCUGGCCAACUAUCUCCUGAAACACUGCAGGACUUUCAGUAAUUACUCGCCGUGUGUCGGCUGGACGUGGCGGGCCAGCGCCUUACUCCAGAGCGUGUACGAGGCGUGCUGGCCGUACGACAGCCCGGUCCAGUUUGUGCGGGACAACCUGCAGCUCAGUGAUGACGGGCUGGUGUCCUUAGACUGGGCUGUGCCUUCCUACCAGAAACGACGCCGGACCUCCAGUCACUCCACCAGUCCCGUUCUGCUCAUCAUCCCAAACUCUUUUGGGAAGAUCACUAGAAAUGUGUUAAAGUUGUGUGAAACAGCACUGUCCCAUGGCUACCUCCCUGCAGUUUUCAACCGCCGCAGCCACAAUGGCACCCCGCUCACCACCCUAAAGCUGCAACAGUUUGGUGACCCUGCAGACCUGCGUGAGGCUGUGCGCUACAUCCGCCACCGACAGCCUGCAGGAAGACUGUAUGCCGUUAGCGAGAGCACUGGCUCGGGCCUUUUACUCUCUUACCUGGGGGAGUGUGGAUCAUCCAGUUACGUGACGGCGGCUGUCUGCCUGUCGCCCGUGUUCCGCUGUCAGAGCUGGUUUGAGAAUGGGUUGUGGUGGCCGCUGCAGUGGGCGUUGGUGCUCUACCAGAAGAUAUGUCUCAGCAGGUACAAGACGGUGCUGGGGGAGACCAUACAGACAGACGCCCUGUUUUCUAGCUGUUCUUUACGGGGCCUGGAGGAGGCAUUGUUCUGUCCAACUGGACAAGUGGACUCUGCAUCAGCAGCACCAGCAGGGACCAGCUGCAAUACUUCAGGUACCUGGGAUGGGUAUUGGGAACGCAAUGAACCCUUGAGAGACGUGGAUGAAGUGGCUAUUCCUGUUCUGAGCGUGUGCGCUCGAGAUGACCCAGUGCGCGGUGACGCCCAAUCCACGGUGCCCUUGGAACUCUUUGAGACAAACCCACAUUUUUUCCUCCUCCUGACUGACCGUGGAAGUCACUGUGGUUUCUCCACCCAGUCUGAGGAGAGUGCCACUGGUGCAUUUAGUGCAGCUGGUUCUGCAGCUGCACCAAACAGUGAGAUGGAGAGCCGUCGGACCAAGUGGAGCCACAGAGCUCUGCUGGAAUUCUUCAGGGCGACCACAGACUUCUUUGCUGCAGAAGAGAGGGCGAAGCAGCUUGCUGCGAGGAGGCGGGGGCUCGGUGGAGGUGCAGGGGGGAGAGUUUUCCGCCACCGCAGUGUCAGUACAUGUAAACGAGUGCCAGCGUGUUCCCAUAAUAUCCAUGCCAUUUAUAACUGGCAGAGGUCCUAUACACGAUGAGGGAGCCUAAUGGAAAUUAAUGGACUGCACUGAUGCUCACUGAUACUGUUUAGAUUUGGGACGUGGAGGCUGUUUUCCGCCUUCGUGACUCUCAGCUACAAAGUGUUAAGAUAUUCAAAACUAGAAGAGAGCAGAUGUUGUACUGAAGUCAUGGAUUAUUUCAGUGCGUAUUGUUCUCAUACACUUGGUGUGAGCCAUAAAACACUCAGACAAAAAAAAACAAAAACAUCAUGCUUGCAUGCAGUUGUUAUACUUGACACUAAACUUUCAAUACAGGUGGCUUUAUAUUUUUCUACAGACUAAUACUAAUCUCUUCAUUGUCAACUGUUAAAAUUGAAAGAUUCUGUCACAUGCAUUUAUUGAUUCAUCUGCCUAACAUUCAACACAGUUCACACAAGAUAUUUGAAACGUUGACACUCACUGUAGUGACUUACUGUUUUACUUUUUAUCACACGAAAGGAGAGUUAUUGGGGAACAAAAAUGUUAAAAGCAUUAAACUAAUCUAAGAGUAGAACGGACAUUCUCUUUCAAAUUAACAUAGCAGGAUGGUCAGAGUGUUGAUCAUUUUUAUGUGUGCAGUUGGCAUUGCAACCGUUGCAGCAGGCUAACUUCUGUGUAAACAAACUGACAUGCAGCAAGUAACAAACUUACUGAGCUAAGGUUUUGCAUUGUAACGCAUGGAGAAGCAUUGUUUGUGCUCUCCAAUGCCUUGCUCCUACAGAGAAAUUGGGGAUUGCUGGGUUUACGUUACAGUUUUAUCUUCUGAGAAAUGUAUCUUGAUGCACUUUUCUGUCAUAAUUUAUCAUUUUCAUUAAAACUGUCAAUAAACCGUCUUAGUUAGUCAUCUAGUUAAUUAGUUCACUUAUCCAACAAUCACGAGAUUUCAUUUAACUGAAAUAAAUCCUCAAUUCAAAAAGUUAGACAAUAUGCUGAUCAGCACGUUGUUUCCCCUGCGGUCUCCCUCUGCCUCUCAGCUGUCCACUGAGCAGCGGCUCUCACUCGGUCUUCUGAGGCAGCUACAGCACAUCAUGCUUUAACAAACAUGCUAUUACUGGCAACAAAAUGAGCAGGAAAAUAUGGUGAACAUUUUAAAGUAAAAUAUUGCUUAUUUGAAAAUGCAAAUAAGUAACAGCAGACCAAAAUGUAGUUCUUAGAGCUGACACUUUACAGCCCCGCUGACGUGUUGGCACAAUAAAAACUAAUCACCAUUUUCUUUUGUACUACUUCAAUGACCAUAGUGAACAGUUUGAUGUCCUCCUCAUUCUGUUUUCAUGAUUGAAGGUUUUGUGCAUAGAGUAGAGAGGGAGAAAAAUCCAGUGAAAAUUUGAAAUUAAUUUUAGCUAUAUAUCAUAUGGGUUUAAUGAACCUGUCCAGUGUUAUUACACACGUUAAAGACAGUUUACUGUGUAGGCCAUUAUCAUUCAAUUUUCUCUUCUGUACUGGGAAAUGUUCUGUGAUUGAAUCUGUGUGUGUUUGAGUAAAAUCUGUGUCAUGAUUUAUUAUCAAGCCAGGUGGCUGAAAGCACUUUGUGAGAUUUUCUAUGUCAUCAUUAAAACUCUAUGCCCUGAGGUUUUCCCCAGCCGACCUGGAGGUGGUGCAGCUGUGAGGGUGGCUGGUUUCUCAUACAGGUGAAGCGUUUGAGACUUAGCAGCAAAAUUUUGCUUGAUCUUUUUCUCAAGUCCCUUGAAAUUGUGUGAUUUGGCUUCAAUCUUUUGCAUUAAGGUAAUACAUGAUACACAUUAAAAUGACACAGUUACAUAAAGUAACAAAUACACUUGCAGCACAACAGUUUGAUGAGCAGAAAAAAAAGUCAAGGCUCACAAUAGAAAGCAUCAGGACACAAAACUAUCAGGCACUGUUGUUGAUAUGAUUCUUUUUUCCCUCUGUUUUAUAAAUGUGCGAUACACCUGUUAAGAUGUUAUAUUAUGUGAUGGAAUUUGAAAAAUAGAAAUAUAAUAAAAGAACCAAGAUGAGAUAUACACUUUGUUUUGGCAAUAAGUCCUGAAAAAUAGUAUUUACAGGUAAGUAAAUUCCUCAUUAAUGCAGCAUGUUGCAUCACAUAUCUUGUUCUCAGUUUCUCACUAUUUUUGCAUCUUUAAAGCACAUCAUACUAUAGUUGUGACUUGCAGUGUUGUCAAACCCCUGCUGAGUAAAUGCUCACAGACACUCCCUAUUAUAGCACAGUGUGUGUGUGUGUGUGUGCACGUGUGUGUGUGACAUGUGCAGUGUUUGUUCACCCACUGAGCCUUAUCCACUCAGACAGCUGGAACACAGCAGUGUACACACAGACACACACAAAAUGUGUGCCGGCGGCAGACACAUUGUCAACAUGCAUCCUCGCCAUCUCUCUCUCUCUCUCUCUCACUCACUCACACACACACACACAAACAGGGAGAGACAUACAGAAAAACCCACACAGAUACACACACACACAAGAGACAUGUAUAUGAGCUGUCAUGUACAUGCAGGAUUUUUUGCAUGCUCAUUAUCUGCAGGAAGGUUCACAGCCUCAUGCAAAACAAAAACUGCCUGCGACACACACACACACACACACACACACACACACACACACACAUACACACGCACACACACAUACACAAAGACACAGUGACCAUCCCAUAAAAAUGAUACCAACAUUAAUACAGAUAAGGCUUCAGCAAAACUAACCUCAAAUGCAAACACGCCAGAGUCUGGCCCAUCAUAAACUCAACAGAGCAUACUGAAAUUAUUAUUCUUCAAAAGUUAUCUCCUUCACCAUGUUGUAUUUAAUGCUGUGGAUGGGAACCAACAACCCUUGACAAUGACACUAUAACUGACAGUUAUAACAGUCAUCAUCAGUAUAUAGUAGCUGUGGAGGGAGGAGCAGUUGUGUCAUAUUCUAUUCAAGAGAAAACGUUUUAUGAGGAGUGUGAAGCUUGAAACAUCACCUCGGA